CUCAGUGAGAAGAGAGUUUCUAUCAAAGCCAUGGCAACUAGAAAAUUUUCUUCGCUCCUCUCUAAAACCUUUGGUACCUCAGUACUUUCAUCACUAAAAGGGAAGAAUAUCAACUUGGGAAGAUGCAGUGUAAGUAGAUAUAGUACUGCUAUUGGUCUUGAAGAACCAAUUACACCACCAGUUAAAGUAAACUACACAAAACUUCUUAUCAACGGGGAAUUUGUGAAUUCUGCUUCAGGAAAAACUUUUCCAACUCAUGACCCAAGGACAGGGAAUGUUAUUGCUCAUGUUGCUGAAGGUGAUAAAGAAGAUAUCAAUCGGGCAGUUGCCGCUGCUCGCACGGCUUUUGACGAGGGACCAUGGCCAAAGAUGACAGCUUAUGAAAGGUCAAGGGUACUUUUUCGCUUUGCGGAUUUGAUCGAUAAACAUAGCGAUGAACUUGCAGCACUCGAGUCAUGGGACACUGGAAAGACCUAUGAACAGGCCUCUCAAAUUGAAUUACCAAUGAUUUCACGUCUAAUUAGAUAUUAUGCUGGAUGGGCCGAUAAGAUUCAUGGUCUAACAGUUCAGGCUGAUGGUCCGUACCAAGUGCAAACCCUACAUGAGCCCAUUGGAGUUGCUGGACAAAUUAUUCCAUGGAAUUUUCCACUUCUCAUGUUUGUAUGGAAGGUCGCACCGGCUUUAGCAACCGGUAACAGUAUUGUACUAAAGACAGCAGAACAAACACCGUUGUCUUCUCUAUAUGCGGCGAAGCUGCUCCAUGAAGCUGGCCUUCCUGAAGGUGUUCUGAAUGUGAUUUCUGGAUUUGGUCCAACAGCUGGUGCAGCUCUUGCUAGUCAUAUGGAUGUGGACAAGCUUGCUUUCACAGGAUCAACUGAAACCGGCAAGAUUGUUUCUGAACUGGCCGGUAGAAGCAACCUUAAGCCAGUGACCCUAGAGCUUGGAGGGAAAUCUCCAUUCAUUGUAUGUGAAGAUGCCGACAUUGACAAGGCUGUUGAAACUGCUCACUUUGCUCUAUUCUUUAACCAGGGACAAUGCUGCUGUGCUGGGUCUCGUACUUUUGUACAUGAAAAAGUUUACGACGAGUUCUUAGAGAAAUCUAAGGCUCGUGCUAUGAAACGUGUUGUUGGUGAUCCCUUCCAGAAGGGUGUCGAACAAGGUCCUCAGAUUGAUUUAGAGCAAUUUGAGAAGGUUAUGAAUUACAUUAAAUCUGGUAUUGAAAGCGGUGCUACCAUUGAAACUGGUGGUGAGAGAUUUGGCGACAAGGGUUUCUAUAUUCAGCCUACUGUCUUCUCAAAUGUCCAGGAUAACAUGUUGAUCGCAAAGGAAGAGAUCUUUGGACCCGUGCAGAGCAUCUUGAAAUUCAAAGAUAUUAGCGAGGUGAUCAAAAGAUCAAAUGCAACAACAUACGGUUUGGCUGCAGGAGUUUUCACCCAGAACAUAGACACGGCAAACACCGUGACGCGUGCGUUAAGAGUAGGAACUGUAUGGGUUAACUGCUUCGAUGUUUUUGACGCGGCAAUUCCUUUUGGUGGGUACAAGAUGAGUGGGCACGGAAGAGAGAAGGGAGUAUACUGUCUUGAUAAUUAUUUGCAAGUGAAAGCCGUGGUUACUUCUUUGGAGAAUCCAGCUUGGUUAUAACCUUAAUAAGUGUUGGGAUCUCUUAUUACUUCUCGUCUUGUCUGUGACGCCGUUUCUUUGGAGUACUCUUUAACAUGACAAUUACGUUUUGGGAAUUUUAAAUAAAUGCCCAUGUGGGGAAAUGCAUUUAACAAAAUGCCUACGUUGAA